GUCCCGUUCCACCCCACCCGAAGUUAACCCCUCCAACAAGAUGGCCCAUACAUCAACGCAGCUCCCUAGCUCCGCAGCUCCAUCGAUCCCAACAUAUUACCAUCGCGCAACAGUAUAGGAAGACCAAGAGAAGAAUCCCCUGUAGCUGCAGCGCUACCUAGCGCCCCUUCCAUCCCUAGCGCACGACACGGCUGGCGACACUGCUUACCCUAGCUAGGAGGAGUGAGGCCAGCUCGCGCUCUCCCAUGGCCAUGAGCGAGCAAGAUGGGCAGCACGCCACGAACAGCCUUCCCGGAGAUGCGGCGAACGGCGCCGUCGACAUCGACUCCUUCUCGCAGCUCCCGUUCGUGCGGCCCAAGCCGCCCCCGGCGAUGGAGGCCGGCGGGUCGAGCCCCACGUCGUCCAUCCGUCUCUUCGGCUUCGACUUUCCACCCGACGGCGCGGCCUCCUCCGUCACCGACGGCGAUGCUGCCGCUGUCAGCUCCACUGCUCCCGGCCAGGCAGCGGCGGCGGCGUCGGCGUCGGCGUCGGCGUCGGCCGGUGCAAGUGGCGGCAGCGGUGGUCGCAAGUUCGAGUGCCACUACUGCUGCCGGAACUUCCCGACGUCGCAGGCGCUGGGAGGACACCAGAACGCGCACAAGAGGGAGCGGCAGCACGCGAAGCGCGCGCAGUUCCAGAGCGCCAUGGCCAUGCAAGGUCACUACCCCGCCCACGCGUACCCCGCCUUCGGCAGCGGCUACCACCACCGCUUCGUCGCCGGGCCGCCGCACAUGGGCCGCUACGAGCCGCCGCCGCACUACCCCUCGUGGUCCAACCACCACCACCUGGCGCCCACCAUGCCAGCGGCGGUGCCCAGGUACUACGGCAGCGGCCCCGGCUCCGUGUCCCAGCCGAUCAACGGCAGCCCGGUGCCGGCGUCGGCGCUCUGGCGGGUCCCGGGCGUCAGCGUGGCGACACCAGCAGCGCCGCGGCAAGAGCGGCCAACGCCCUUGACUCUUGCCGGGCGUGACGACAUGGCGGUGGCGUGGGAAAGAAGAGGACAAGCCGGCUCGGCGUCGUCGGCGUCAUCAGCAUCGUCGUCUUCGCAGCAUGAGGCCGCGCGCCACGGGGGAGAAGCCGCGGAGAACAGGGCAAACGUGAGCCUGGAUCUCACCCUGUAAUUCUCCAAGAACGGCGCGGUUGAUUAAUUAGCUGGUUCGUGAAGACCAAGAACGAAGGUUAAUUCUUUUUUUUCUCUAGCUCGUGAAUUCGUUUAGCUCGAUCGAUCAGCGGAGAGAUUCUUUUUCCUUGGGUGUCAAUUUUUGCAGUGUUUUCUUUCUCCUACUAGAGUACGUACUCAUUCGUCCUGCUCUUCUCGCAUCGCUUUAGAUUGCUUUGUAAGGAAAAACGGAGGGGAAAUAAAUGGAACGAAAGGGAAAAUGGGGAGUGUUGUCAUUUUCA